CAGGCACGCGCACGGGGGCGCGCAGAGUUCAUCUGACUGAAAGUUUCGUCUUGCGUUAUUCCGCUUGUUACCUACCACGAAAGCUAUAAAAACCUCGGCUUAAAUAGGGUUAGUCUUUAAUAUUGGAUGGGUUAAAUGUUUUGGACAUUUGUGUUUAUUGCUGUUUUUCCUGAAACGUGGAGGAAAAUGUUUUACGCACUCGUUUUGUUCUGUUUCUGUUUUGAACGCCGAUCUGGUGUGUUUGGUGCGAAGACAAAUGAAAUUAAACUGGUGUUGGAGGGAGAUACGGUAACAUUACCGGCUGAGGUACACGGAGAUGAGCUGCUAAUUUGGAGGUUUGGACCGGACGGGACAAUGAUUGCAAAGUUUAGUAAGAAAAACGGAGAAUACGUCAUAAUGCCUGUCGAGAGAUUCAGCAGCAGACUGAUGCCGGAGUACGAAACUGGAUCUCUGAUUAUCAGAAACAUCAGAACUGAGCACGCUGGGCUUUAUCAGCUACAGACCAUCAGUUCCACAGUCUCAACGAAGACAUUCACUGUUUCUGUCUAUGCUCGUCCACCCAUUCCUGUCAUCACCAGAGACUAUUCGCUAUGUUCUUCAUCAACAUCUUCCCCAUCACCCUCAGCACCAUUCCAGUGUUCACUAGUGUGUUCAGUGGUGAAUGUAAGCGCUGUGAGUCUCUCCUGGUACAAAGGAAACAGUGUAUUGUCCAAGAUCAGUGUGUCUGACCUCAGCAGCAGCGUAUCUUUACCUCUGGAGUUGGAAUAUCAGGAUAAAAACACCUACAGCUGUGUGGUCAACAAUCCCGUCAGCAACCAGACCACACAUCUGGACAUCGACAUACUCUGUCAACCUUGUCCAGCUCCUCUGCCAAUUCCCGUCAUCAACACCACAGAUUCUCCACAAUGUCCUUCAUCUGCAUCACUCCAGCAGUGUUCACUAGUGUGUUCAGUGGUGAGCGUGAGUGCUGUGAGUCUCUCCUGGUACAAAGGAAACAGUUUAAUGUCCAGCAUCAGUGCGUCUGAUCUCAGCAUCAGUCUCUCUCUACCUCUGGAGGUGGAAUAUCAGGAUAAAAACACCUACAGCUGUGUGGUCAACAACACUAUAAUGAACCUUACUCGACAUCUGGACAUGGACACACUCUGUCAGUCAUGUUCAGACCGCGUUCACUGUUGUGGCUUUACUGAAACCGUGAUCCGAUUGGUUGCCUCUGCUGUAGUGGGCGUGGCUGUUAUUGCUGUGCUGGUUUAUGAUGUCAGAUCCAGCAGAUCUUACCAGAAGAGGAGACUGCAGACGGCAUCAGGGCAAGCAGAUGAUUAUGAUGAUGUCGCAACAGCUCACUAGGUGGCGAUGAUGUCGCCUUUGUCUGUUAUGGCUGUCGGAAAUAUUCCAGGUUAAAUGCAUUCACAGGAAUGAUCUGAUGGACGCUUGGGGUUUUAACCCUUCGCUGACUGAUCGUAGUGCCAUCUGGUGGUUAUUUGUGGCACUUGUUUUUUUAUUCCACAUAUAGGCUGCGUGUAUGUUGUUGUGUUUAUUUUCGCUGCACUUUUUGAUAUAAAUAUACAUUUUUUUAUACCUCAAUAAGUUUAUUUUUAUAUGUUGUUUAAUUAUUUGUUGUUAAUUUACAUAUUAUGUAAAAUCCUUGAAUGGACUGUUAUGAAAUUGAUGGCUUGUUUGUCACAUUCAUGCCAUUUUUUUUUUGUAUUUUAAGUUAUCCCAAAGAAUUAAUUGUAAUAUCGAGCAAAGUUAUUAAAGACAGAACAUUUU